AGGGUCGCUUUACGCCCACCAUCACACUGACUGACUGACUGAGUUAGUGCCGAACACAGGACUACAUAAAAAGCCAGAUAACCACAGGCUGAGACUCAACAUUCCCGUCUGCGCUGGACACAGAGACAGACAGAGACGCAGUUCAAGUCACCUGCAGCAGCCAUGGCUCAAGUUCUGGACAUCGAUCGCUGUGAUCUGGAGUGCGACAUCAACAACACCGACCAUCGCACUGAUCUGAACGGUGUAGAUCGGUUGAUCCUGAGAAGAGGCCAACCGUUCUCCAUCAGCCUGUAUCUGCGCUCUGGCAGCUUCCAGCCAGGGGUCAGCAAACUGGACCUGACCGCUGAGACAGGUCCUCAGCCCUCUGAACAGUAUGGCACCAGAGCCGUAUUUGGUCUGUCUGACAGCAUUGACACUUCUUGUUGGAGUGCUGCAGUCAGCAGCAGUCCCUGUGGAGACACGGUGGCUCUGUGCAUCUGCUCCGCCCCCGAUGCUCCUAUAGGCCGCUACACCCUGACCCUGGGCCCGUCAGCACGGAUCGAGUUCAUCCUGCUCUUUAACCCUUGGUGUGCAGGUGAUGCAGUCUACCUGGACGAUGAGACCAGUUUGGAAGAAUACAUCAUGUCUCAAGAUGGAAUCAUCUUUCGUGGCGAUCACAAUUACACAGUACCUUCUCCCUGGAACUUUGGCCAGUUUGAAAGUGGGAUCCUUGAUGUCUGUCUGAGGAUUCUGGACAUGAAUCCAAAAUAUCAAAGAAACCCAGGUAAAGACUGCUCUGGCAGGAGGAACCCCAUCUAUGUGUCCAGAGUUCUAAGUGCUAUGAUCAAUUGUAAUGAUGACAAGGGGGUGUUGCUGGGGAAUUGGAAAAAUGAUUAUGAAGGAGGUGUGAGCCCCCUGUCCUGGAGGGGGAGUGUGGAGAUCCUGCGCAACUGGGAUGCACAAUCCUGUGAGCCUGUGCGUUACGGACAGUGCUGGGUGUUUGCCGCAGUCGCCUGCACAGUUUCCAGAGCUCUUGGCAUUCCCUGCCGCGUGAUCACCAACUACCUGUCAGCCCACGACACCAACAAUAACCUGGUGAUUGAACGGUUUGUCAAUGAAAAGGGAGAACUCAUGCAAUCCAGAGACAUGGUCUGGAACUAUCACUGCUGGGUGGAGAGCUGGAUGACCCGACCUGACCUCAAGCCUGGCUUUAAUGGCUGGCAGGCCAGUGACCCAACACCCCAGGAGAAAAGUGAUGGAGUGUACUGCUGUGGCCCCGUCCCUGUCAAAGCCAUCAAGGAGGGAGAGCUCACGUUUAAUUAUGACGCAGUGUUUGUCUUUGCGGAGGUCAACGCGGAUGUCCUCACCUUCAAGAAGGAGAAAGAUGGGAGCACAUCCCGUGUCACCACCACUUCACUGGUCGGACAAAAGAUCAGCACCAAGAGUGUGGGCAGCGAUGCCAGAGAGGAUGUCACCCAUCUGUACAAAUAUCCUGAAGGUUCUGAUGAGGAGCGGAAGGCUUUCAAAAAGGCCAACCACCAAAACAAGCUGCACCAUCAACAACUGAAUCAAGAUCAGCUCAUCACCAUCAAGGUGUCUGAAGACAUGAGGAAGGGCUGCGACUUCGACGUGUUCGCCGUAGUUACUAACAACACCCACAGUGACAAGAAGUACCGCCUGUUGUUGAGCGCCUGCGCUGUGUCCUACAAUGGCAAUCUGGGAGGGAACUGUGGAUAUAAAGAUCUUCUCAACGUGGAACUCUCCCCAGGAGAAGGGAGAAAGGUUCCACUCAGACUCAACUAUUCCAAGUACAGCGAACAACUCACUUCAGACAAUGCAAUUCGUUUGGCUGCCAUGUUGUGGGACUACUCCAGUGGAAAGACAACACUUGCAGUGAGAAAUAUUGUGCUGGAAGAUCCCCAAAUCAAAGUCACGAUCCUGGGUGAACCAAAGGUAAAACGGAAACUUGCUGCAGAGAUUACACUGAAAAACCCACUGCCUGAGUCUCUGGAGAACUGCUGCUUCAGCAUCGAGGGUUCCAACCUGACCGGGGGAAACAUCAUCUCUGAGAGACUGAACUGCUCAGUUGGACCAGGAGAGGACGCUAAGGUGAAGAUUUACUUCACUCCCACCCACAGUGGACUGAGAAAGCUGGUGGUCGACUUCAACAGCAGCAAGUUAUGUCACGUCAAAGGCUACAGAAAUGUAAUCAUUGGUAAAUAGGCUGACCCAGCUGUGGGCCGAUCUGUUCUGUACUCACCGCAGCUUUUGUUUUUAAAUCUUUCAUUCAUCUUCAGACAUUAUGCAAGGCAUGCUUUUUUGCACAAUUUAAGCGAAACUUUCCAUCUAAUACUCUGUUUGAAUCGGGUCCCUUUCUAUUUUUAUUAUUAGACGCUGUCAAUAAAUGGUGAUGAAAUGAAUUGCCCAAAAA